AUGCCGAUUAAGAAUUACGGUGUGUGGAAGGCAAAGCCUGUAUACUACGAGGUUGAAGAUGCAGUUACGGACGAUAUCAGCCCCCAUUUAUCACUCUACUUCGAUGAUAAAGGGGGCGACCAUUCUGCACGAGAAUUCCGUUCAACCGGUCGGCAUAAAGAAAUUCGUGGGCUCUUCAGAGCCGCAAUCAACAUCAAGUCUAUAGGUAACGAAUCCCGACUUGCCUACUGGGUAAAUCACAACCUCAACAACCAUCCCAUCAUUGAUAGUCUCACCGUCCUACCUUUAGGGUUUGAGCCCCUAGAACAACCAAAGCAGGGCUACAAUGAGCUGGGACUGGACUACAUCCGGAGUAACCUGUUCAAUGUCAAUACUGGUCGUGUUCUACCUCAUGACCAACCAGGUCUCAACAACGACAUGAUCGAUGUCUUGGCACCUGAAGUCAAGCAGGCGAUUGAGCAGAAGGCGGAUAUCUACGUAUUUGGUGCACAAUUUGAGGAUCGAAAAGGCAUUCACGAUGUGCACAUGAAUCAAGGCAAUAUUGGGCGAUUCCAACGCGAUGACGGUGUCUUCCAAGAUGGCUGCCUUUUAAUCAACUACCCAGACUCUGGGAAAUGGGUGGGCGUUUUUAUCGGGUUUGGAUCGCAAUCUGCGCACACAGAUGAUAAUACAGGGCAUGCUAUAGGGUCGGAGACUUGGAUUGACUAUCUCCGCUCAACAGGACGCCGUAAAGAUCUUGUCGAGAAUUCUGUGCAUAUCGACGAGGCUUUCGUUGACUCAAAUGAUCACCGAGCCAGACGUAGAUCAGUCACAAUCUCGAAUCCCACUGGCCACGCGAUGCCUCUGUCUGCAUGGAAAAUUCAAAACUCAGCUGGCCAAUUCCAAGCUUUACCACCUGAUGCAGCUUUGGGUGCUAUGAAAAAGCAAACCUUCGACAUUCCACAUUGCCCUCUCUCGAGCAUCGGUGAUACUAUCACACUGGUGAAUGAUGAAGGACUCAAAGUUGAUGGGGUGAGCUAUCAUGCUCAACCGGGUGGAAUAGAAGGGCAACCGGUUGUUUUCGCUCAUUAA